CAAAUCUCGUAUAAAAAAGAGGAAAAAUAUCUUCUUUUUUUUUCUGUUCACUCUCCAUCACGACCUGCGGUGACACAAGAGCCCUCCAAAUCCAAAACCCAUAAAUAAUGAUCUGAUCUCUCUCGUUCUCCCCUCCCACGAGGUGAGAGACUGAGAUGUGCCCGCGACCGCGAGUCGCGUGAGGAGAUGCCCACGCCUCGUCUCCGCUACCACCUCCUCUCCGAUUGAUCCCAACAAGGCGAGGGGAAGAUCAAAACUGAGUGAGGGUUGCUAAGGGGACGGUUUGACAUGGGUUUUGAUCCACUGGAAUGGUACUGCCAGCCGGUCAAUGGCGGGGUGUGGUCAGAUGUAGAGAAUGCUUUUGGUGCAUACACACCAUGUGGCACUGAAACCUUGGUGGUGUGCAUCUCAUACUUUGCACUCUUCGGUGUUUGCUUCUAUCGGAUAUGGAGGACGACGAGGGACUACACGGUGCAGCGCUACAAAUUGCGGUCGCCAUACUACAACUAUAUGCUCGGCCUGCUUGUGGUGUUGUGCAUAGCUGAAUCACUGUAUCGGAUCGCUACUGGCACCUCCAUAAUGAACUUGGAUGGGGAGACUAGCCUUGCUCCAUUUGAGGUUACCUCAUCUAUCAUUGAGAUUGCUGCUUGGUGUUGUAUGCUUGUAAUGAUUGCACUUGAGACAAGAAUUUACAUCUAUGAGUUUAGAUGGUACAUCCGGUUUGUGGUCAUUUACAUCUUGGUUGGGGAAGCUGCUAUGUUCAAUCUUGUGCUUUCAGUAAGGCAGUAUUAUAGUUCGAGUUCAAUAUUUUACUUGUACUGCAGUGAGAUAAUAUUCAAGCUCUUGUUUGGAAUUCUCAUGGUGGUUUAUCUGCCUAGCUUGGAUUCCUAUCCGGGUUAUACUCCAGUCAGGCAUGAGGCACUUGUUGAUAAUACUGAUUACGAACCUCUGCCUGGUGGGGAGCAGAUUUGCCCUGAGAGGCAUGCUAAUAUAUUUUCCAGGAUAUUCUUUUCAUGGAUGACUCCUCUAAUGCAACAAGGAUUUAAAAGGCCCAUCACCGAUAAGGAUAUUUGGAAAUUAGACAGUUGGGAUGAGACUGAAACAUUGUACAACCGGUUCCAAAAAUGCUGGAACAAUGAGCUUCAAAAACCAAAGCCUUGGCUGUUACGGGCUCUGCAUAGCAGCCUUGGUGGAAGGUUUUGGCUAGGAGGAUUUUUUAAGAUUGGCAAUGAUGCUUCUCAGUUUGUUGGCCCACUCAUAUUGAACCUCUUGUUGGAGUCUAUGCAAAAAGGUGAUCCAUCUUGGAGCGGUUACAUCUAUGCUUUCUCAAUCUUCGCUGGAGUGUCACUGGGUGUUCUUUCUGAAGCACAGUACUUUCAGAAUGUCAUGCGAACGGGUUUCAGGUUGAGGUCAACAUUGAUCGCAGCUGUUUUCCGUAAGUCUUUGCGACUAACUAAUGAUAGUCGAAAGAAGUUUGCCUCUGGGAGGAUAACCAAUUUGAUUUCAACUGACGCAGAAUCUCUUCAGCAAGUGUGCCAGCAACUUCACAGUCUAUGGUCUGCUCCUUUCCGCAUUGUUAUUGCCAUGGUCCUUCUAUACGCACAACUAGGCCCUGCUGCAUUGGUCGGUGCAGCCAUGUUGGUUCUUUUGUUCCCAAUUCAGACUGUUAUCAUAAGCAAAAUGCAAAAACUUACCAAGGAAGGGUUGCAAAGGACUGACAGGAGAAUCAGUCUAAUGAAUGAAAUAUUAGCUGCAAUGGAUACGGUCAAAUGUUAUGCUUGGGAGCAAAGUUUCCAGUCAAAAGUGCAGGACAUCCGUGAUGAUGAAAUUUCAUGGUUCCGCAGCGCUCAAUUGCUUGCUGCGCUGAAUAGCUUCAUCCUAAACAGUAUCCCCGUUAUUGUCACUGUGGUUUCAUUUGGUGUAUACUCUCUGCUGGGAGGUGACUUGACACCAGCAAAGGCGUUCACAUCACUUUCACUGUUUGCUGUCUUAAGAUUUCCACUUUUUAUGCUGCCAAAUCUGAUAACUCAGGUGGUUAAUUGUAAAGUGUCAUUGAAACGUCUGGAAGAUCUCCUCUUGGCUGAAGAGAGAUUACUUCUGCCCAAUCCACCUCUUGAUCCUGAGCUUCCAGCAAUUUCUAUUAAGAAUGGAUAUUUUUCAUGGGAAUCGCAGGCUGAGAGACCAACAUUAUCAAACGUCAAUCUGGAUGUACCUAUGGGCAGUUUGGUUGCAAUAGUAGGAAGCACUGGGGAGGGGAAGACUUCUCUUAUUUCUGCAAUGCUUGGUGAAAUACCACCAGUGUCAGGAUCGAAUACAUCGGUGGUCCUUCGUGGAACAGUGGCUUAUGUUCCUCAAGUUUCAUGGAUCUUCAAUGCAACUGUCCGGGACAAUAUAUUGUUUGGGUCUCCCUUCCAACCUCCACGCUACGAGAAAGCAAUAGAUGUCACUUCAUUACGGCAUGACCUUGACUUACUCCCAGGUGGUGACCUAACAGAGAUUGGAGAAAGAGGAGUUAACAUUAGUGGGGGACAAAAACAGAGAGUCUCAAUGGCAAGAGCUGUUUAUUCUGAUUCAGAUGUCUACAUAUUUGAUGAUCCACUGAGUGCAUUAGAUGCCCAUGUUGGUCGACAGGUAUUUGACAAAUGUAUUAAAGAAGAGCUACAGCACAAAACUAGGGUUCUUGUUACCAAUCAGCUGCAUUUUCUACCAUAUGUGGAUAAAAUACUGGUAGUCCAUGAUGGUGUAAUUAAAGAAGAAGGUACCUUUGAUGAACUUAGCAACUCUGGGGAACUCUUUAAGAAGCUCAUGGAAAAUGCUGGAAAGAUGGAAGAACAGAUGGAAGAGAAACAGGACGAAAGCAAAAGACAGGAUGACAUAAAACACCCUGAAAAUGGGGGCAGUGUAAUAGCUGAUGGUGAUAUGCAGAAGAGUCAGGACACUUCUAAUAAAACAAAACAGGGGAAAUCUGUUCUGAUUAAACAAGAAGAAAGGGAAACUGGAGUUAUAAGUGCAAAGGUCCUUUCACGCUACAAAAAUGCAUUGGGAGGGAUCUGGGUGGUAUCUGUUCUCUUUUUUUGCUAUGCACUCACUGAAGUUCUUCGCAUUUCAAGUAGCACAUGGUUGAGCGUUUGGACAGAUCAAGGUUCUACGAAAAUCCAUGGCCCUGGUUACUACAAUUUAAUCUACGGCCUUCUUUCUUUUGGGCAGGUUCUAGUCACUCUAACGAAUUCUUAUUGGCUGAUCACAUCAAGUCUUCGAGCAGCCAAGAGGUUGCAUGAUGCCAUGCUCCGGUCUAUAUUAAGAGCUCCCAUGGUAUUUUUUCACACCAAUCCACUUGGACGAAUCAUCAACAGAUUUUCAAAGGAUUUGGGUGACAUUGACAGGAAUGUAGCCAUCUUUGUGAAUAUGUUUAUGGCACAAAUAUCUCAGUUGCUCUCAACAUUUGUUCUCAUUGGCAUUGUUAGCACUAUGUCUCUGUGGGCUAUCAUGCCACUUCUGAUUUUAUUUUAUGCAGCUUACCUCUAUUACCAGACUACGUCUCGUGAGGUAAAGCGCCUGGAUUCCAUUACAAGGUCUCCUGUGUAUGCUCAAUUUUCAGAGGCAUUGAAUGGUCUGUCUACAAUCCGUGCCUACAAAGCCUAUGAUAGAAUGGCAAACAUCAAUGGGAAAUCAAUGGACAACAACAUCAGAUUCACUCUUGUGAACAUGAGUUCAAACAGAUGGCUAGCCAUCCGUCUGGAAACAUUGGGUGGCAUCAUGAUAUGGUUCACAGCAACAUUUGCUGUCAUGCAAAACCAACGAGCAGAAAAUCAAAAGGCUUUUGCCUCCACAAUGGGUCUUCUUCUUACUUACACCCUCAAUAUCACCAAUUUGCUCACGGCUGUUCUUCGUCUUGCUAGUCUGGCUGAAAACAGUUUAAAUGCUGUUGAGCGGGUAGGAACAUACAUUGAGUUGCCUUCUGAGGCUCCUCCUGUCAUUGAGGAUAGCAGGCCACCUCCUGGUUGGCCAUCAUCUGGUGUUGUCAAGUUUGAAGACGUCGUGCUUCGGUACCGACCAGAACUUCCUCCUGUUCUUCAUGGCAUAUCUUUCAUCAUUAAUGGCAGCGAAAAGGUAGGAAUAGUUGGCAGAACAGGAGCUGGUAAAUCUAGCAUGCUGAAUGCUCUGUUCCGUAUUGUGGAACUGGAACGAGGGAGAAUAUUGGUUGAUGAUUGUGACACUUCUAAAUUUGGAAUUUGGGACCUACGAAAAGUACUAGGAAUAAUACCACAGGCACCUGUCCUAUUUUCAGGUUCUGUUCGAUUUAAUCUGGAUCCUUUUAAUGAGCACAAUGAUGCGGAUCUCUGGGAAGCGCUUGAAAGGGCUCAUCUAAAAGAUGUCAUAAGGAGGAAUGCUCUGGGACUAGAUGCUGAGGUCUCUGAGGCUGGUGAAAAUUUUAGCGUUGGACAGCGGCAGCUACUGAGUUUAGCUCGUGCAUUGCUGCGGAGGGCAAAGAUACUUGUUCUUGAUGAGGCAACAGCAGCUGUUGAUGUUCGAACAGAUGCUCUUAUACAGAAGACAAUCAGGGAAGAAUUCAAGAGUUGUACAAUGCUUAUAAUUGCUCACCGCCUGAACACUGUUAUUGACUGUGACAGGUUGCUUAUUCUAAGUGCUGGGAAGGUUUUGGAGUUCGACUCUCCUGAGAAUCUUUUGAGCAAUGAGCACAGUGCUUUCUCCAAGAUGGUUCAGAGUACAGGACCUAGCAAUGCAGAGUACCUGAAGACUCUUGUAUUUGGGGAUGGUGAGGAGAGGUUGCGAAAGGAAGAAAGCAAGAUGCAAGAUAUCCAGAGGAAGUGGGUAGCAUCUAACCGAUGGGCUGUUGCUGCGCAGUUUGCGCUUGCCGCUAGCCUUGCCUCUUCACACAGUGACCUUCUUGCACUGGAGGCUGCUGAGGGAAACAACAUCCUCAGGAAAACAAAGGAUGCAGUAAUCACUCUACAGAAUGUCCUCGAAGGGAAGCACAACACCGAAAUUGAUGAUACACUCGCUCAGUAUGAGGUUCCAUCUGAUAGGUGGUGGUCAUCGCUAUACAAAGUCAUGGAAGGACUUGCCAUGAUGAGCCGAUUGGGUCGCAACCGUCUACAGCAACCAAGUUAUAAUUUUGAAAACAACAGUUCUAUUGACUGGGACCAAAUGUAGAUGUGCAAGCAUGACUGAUCCCUGAAGCCCUGUUGCAGAGUAGAUUUGGAGCUGUAGGCUUUUCCAGCAGGUGUUAAUUCCUGGAGACAUGUAAAUUGUCACCAGCACAUUGGCGUGCAUGUCGUAAGUAGAUUUACCGUCCUGACUCCCUCCCUAAAGGUGAAUAACAGGGGAGUUUUUCUGUUCUUUUUUGCAACAGCAUGACCAUAUUCUUGUUGUACUGCCGUCCUCAAGGACAUCGUCUGUUGUGCAAAAUCUUAUUAGCAUUGUACCUGAAAAUUGAAAUUUUGAUGGUCUUGUGCCAAUGCUAGUGUUCUCUUCAAAAAUCCAGUGAAUGUGUCAAUUAAUUAAUCUUUUAACUUCUGGUCA